CGUAAUCCCUGGGCUGGCGUGCUGAGCGGAUUAGGCUGGCCAGGAGCCUGCCAGGCCCCCGUGUGGCGGGGGCAGCGUUUGGGGGGUGCAGGCCGAAAAUCCCUUGCCAAGGGGGUCAGCACGGCAACCCACCCCACGGAGAAAUUUCCUAUUUGUCCUCCUCUCCCCACGCAUCUGGGCGUGGGGGCCAGCCAUGCUCAAUCCACCCCCCCCGCCCCAUGUCACAGCCCCGCCAGUGCCACCACGCUGCCCCAUCCUGUUGCCCAGUGGUGGGAAUGGUGGGUCAGACCCCAGUGGGGCCAGGAGACGGGUGUGUGGGAGCCACCUGGUGCGUGGGAGCCACCGUCUCCUGGCCCUGGGGCACCAGCACUGUUAUUCCCGGCGGCCUAUGCUGGGGAGGAGCCCACAGGAACCGGCCGGACCGGUUGGCGGCCCGGCACCCUCGGAGCCAGCGAGGAGCUCAGGCUGCCCCCGGCAGUGCCGGCUGAAGGUUGCCAGGGCAUGGGGCUCCCCACUGCAUGAGGCCCGGGUAGAGCAUGGGAAGUGAGUGGGACUGGGGGCAGAGAGGCAAUCCCACUGGCAGGAUGGGACUCCCAGCGGUGCUGCGGCCCAGCUGGGAGCCCCUGCUGGCCAUGGCCAGCCCACUGCGGGCCAGUGCUUCGGCUCAAUGCCGUCUCCGGAAACGCAGACAGCUGCGGCCACCCCUCUGUAUGGCCCUGUUCCCAGAAAACGUCCCGACAAGUCCUCGCCUGUUCCCACACCCUUUGCCGCCGCCAUCCCGCCCCAUCGGCGCAGCGCCCUUGGGGCUGCCCACCAGGCUGCCCCUCUUUCUGGAUGGUGCAGGGCUGCUGGCCGCGUAGCCGGCAGCUCAGGGCACGGCACGGAGCCACGGCCCAGGAAGGCUUGCAGCGCCCGGAGGCGCCCCAGGCCCCCCUGCCGUGUGGGAUGGGACUGCGAGUGGCUCGGGGCUCCGGCUCUUUGCCUUGCCCGGAGGGGUGUCGUGGCCGCUGGCGGUGCGGGAUGGCGCGGAGCUCCCUGGGAAGGUGGCCCAGUGGGCGCGGCGGUGACGCACGCGGCCGGCGCAGGGCAGGGCGGGGGGUGCCCGCAGGCGGAGGCAGGACGCCGGGCCGGGCGCAAGGUGUGGCAGAGAGUUCUUCCUGGCUGCAUGUUCCUCCGGGAGCACGUCCCUUGGCUCCCAGGGCGCCUUUCCCGGCUCUGGGACUCGUCACGGACCCUGCCGGUGUCCAGAGAUGUCGACAUGCCGGUGCCCGCUUGCCUACAGCACCCUGCUUUGAGCUCCGUGCCCGACACUGGCCGUGCCAUGGAGGGGCUGGGCCGGGAGUCGGCUGCAGAUGGGGCUGAGUCAUGGGCAGGCAGGCUGCACAACAGUAACAACAAUGCGUCACCAGGGGGCUGGCUGAGUCCCCACGGUGGGCGCCCCUUUUCACCCUUUGGUGCUCGAGCCCCCAGCACUGAGCCCAGCUACCUGGAACGCGUGGUGCUGGAGAUUGUGGAGUCAGAGCGCACCUACGCGCGAGAUCUGCGCAGCAUCGUGGAGGGUUACUUGGGCAAGAUCAUUGAUGCGGAGGAGCCGUUGCUGCAGCCAGAGCAGGUCAGCGCACUCUUUGGGAAUAUCGAGGACAUCUAUGAGCUGAGCAGCAACCUGCUGCAAAACCUGGACAGCUGCGACAGCAACCCUGUAGCUGUGGCCGUCUGCUUCGUGACCCGGAGCCAGGAGUUCGAUAUUUACACUCAGUACUGCAACAACUACCCCAACUCAGUGGCGGCCCUAACUGAGUGCAUGAGGAACAAGCAGCAGGCCAAGUUCUUCCGGGAAUGCCAGGAACAGAUGCGGCACACAUUGCCUCUUGGUGCCUACCUGCUCAAGCCUGUCCAGAGGAUCCUCAAAUACCACUUGCUGCUCCAGGAGAUUGCGAAGCACUUUGAACACAAGUCAGGGGAUGACUACGAGGUGGUGGUGGAGGCCAUUGACACCAUGACCUGUGUGGCCUGGUACAUAAAUGACAUGAAACGCAAGCACGAACACGCCAUCCGCCAGCAGGAGAUCCAGUCGCUGCUACUGAACUGGAAAGGGCCGGACCUGACCACAUAUGGGGAGCUGGUGUUGGAGGGCACUUUCCGGGUGCAGCGGGUGCGCAAUGAACGAGCCUUCUUCCUCUUUGACAAGGCCCUGCUCAUCACCAAGCGUCGCGGGGACCACUAUGUCUACAAGAACCACAUUCCGUGCUCUUCUCUGAUGCUGAUCGAGAGCACACGGGACUCAUUAUGCUUCAGCGUGGCUCACUACAAGCACAUCAAGCAGCAGUACAGCCUGCAGGCCAAGAGUGUGGAAGAAAAGCGUGUGUGGACCCACCACAUCAAACGGCUCAUCCUAGAGAACCACCAUGCCAUCAUCCCCCAAAAGGCCAAGGAAGCCAUCCUGGAGAUGGACUUGUUCUACCCCCCACGCCUGCCCCGCUACAGCCCUGAGCGGCUCAAGAAGAGCUGGUCGUGCCAGCCCCUGGAGGAGACCUCCAUGGAGCCACGCCAGGGCCGCCGGCAGUCAGAGCCCUUCCAGCAUCGGGAUCACGCAGAGACGCUGCCGGACAGGCUGCACAGGCACACCGGGCGCAGGCAGUCGGAACCCGCCAAGCAGAUCCUGCAGCAGCUGGGAGAGCAAGGUGAGCAGCAUGCUGAUAGUGUAGGAGCUCUGCUGGAGGUGGAAGAGCCCCUUCAGUGCCCUAGGCCCUGGGCUACGGCUGAGGGAGUCGUGGAGGAAGAGGAGGAGGAGGAGGAAAAGGCUUUCUGCAAGGAUUCCCAGGAGGAUCUGCCUGGUGCCGACACUGUGCCCACGGGUUCCCAGGGCUCCCAGGCCCUGGGGCACUCCCAGGUGCUGGAGGGACCCAAAGCCUGCAAGAGGCCAAGCAGCCGAGGUCCGGGGAGCUGUGAGAAGCGCCGCAGUGUGGAUGCUGCUGGUGCUGGCCAGGAGGCUGGCACUGAGGGGGAGCAUGAGGAGGUGCUGGGGGUGCCUGUGGUGGUGGCUGAGCACCCCGAAGAGCCCCCUUCAUCGGACACGGAAUCAUUGGGUACCCUGGAGUUAGCGCUGCCUGGCCAGCAUGAGCGGGGCAAGCUGGAGCCAGAGCUGUGCUCGGAUGGGGGUGUUGCAGAGACGGCAGAAGAUCUCCGAACCCUGAGCAGUGAGGAGGAGGAAGAGGAAGAGGAGCGGGCCCUGCAUGUCCCCAGCAGCAUCCUCCCACCCUCUGUGCUGGACCAGGCCAGCAUCAUUGCGGAGCGCUUUGGCAGCAGCUUCUCACGCCGCAGUAGCCUGGCACUGGAGGAGGGCCGGGCAUCACUGGGCGUUGCAACAUCACGCCUGCCCAGUCGCAGUAGCAGUGUGCUCAGCCUGGAGGGCAGCACUCCAGAUGCCCAGAGUGGCCCCCUGCUCCUGGCCAGCGAGGAGGGGGAGCCUGGGGUGCCCUGCAGUACCUCAGUCUCACCAGACCCCCCGCCCUGCCUCAGGAAGGAGUCAUUGCUCUCCACACAGGAUCGCUUGCUGCUCGACAAGAUCAAGAACUAUUAUGACCAUGCUGAGCACCAGGAUGCCAGCUUCAGCAUCAAGCGCCGCGAGAGCCUCUCCUACAUCCCCAAGGGGCUGGUGAGGAACUCUGUUUUCCGCAUCAACAGCCUGCCCCAGCCACCUCUGGAGCAUGAUGUCGGUGCUGGUGGCCGGACCGCUGUCUGGGUGCUGGCGGCCAACACCAAAGCUGCCCCAUUGGCACAGCCGGAGGCAGCCGAGCUGACACCCAGGGCGGCCGAGGAUUUCUGCCUGCCUUCUGCUGGGUGGCAGGAGGCAGAGAGGCCGCAGCAGGAGAAUGGGCUGGAGCCGCACGAGCCACUGCUCAUCCUCGAGGAGAACGAUCUGGGCGCUGUCGCUGAGGAGGUCCCUGAGAGCCUUUCACCCACCAGCUGCCCACAGGAGAAGGGUGCUGGGGCCAGCGAGCUGCUGCAGCCCCAAGCCUUGCAUCCGCGCCUACUGCAGCUGGCUGCCAACGGCGAAGCGGCUGAGCGCCCUGGCACCAAGGUGUACCAGCUGGCACGUCAGUACAGCUUGCGCAUCAAGAACCGCCAUGCGGGUACCCAACGGUCCCUGGCACAGCUGGAGGAAGACAUGCGGCUGAGGACGGCAGCACCCCAGGAGCAGCUGCAGCCCCCAGCCAUGGGCACAGGUCCACCAAAAUGUGCCCCGGCACUGCCCAGCUACGAGCAGGUAGUAAUCCAGGAGCAGCACCUGCUAGCGCCACUCUCCACGGCUACCUCGCCACGGGAAAAGUCGCCACGGCGCUUCUCCCCCAGCCCGUCCUCCAACAGCCCCUGCCUGCCCUCGCCAGGCAGCCUGGUAUCCCGCAGCCCGCUCAGCCCCAGCAGCACUGAGCCUUUCACCUGGCCUGAUGUCCGUGAGCUGUGCUCUAAAUACGCAGCCUUCGGCAGUGCCAGCCCCCGCCGCCCCCCACCAGUGAACCGCAGCCGCUCGGCGCCUGAGCAGGUCGCGGCAGCGCCAGGGCGCAGUGGACGGGCAGCAGCAAAAGCCUCGCCGGUCAAUGGCCGAAGCCGGAGCGCUGAGGCUGGGGCCCCCAAGCACCAGCGCAACAGCAGCGAUGGGGCGCUCUGCAUCACAGCCCAGGCUGCCCUGGGCUCCAGCCAGCGGGUCAUUGUCUUGGAGCGGGUGGCCCCGGCCACCGAGGCGGUGGCUGACCCGGAGAGCUACGUGCAGAUCCGUUCACCCACCACGCGGGAGAAGAUCUGCCUCAAGGCGGUGGUGGAGCGCUGCAAGGCCUACCAGGCCUCGGAGGCGUACCGCCGGCGCCAGGCUGAGGUGCCAUCGCGGCCCGCACCCUGGGAUCCCCCCGAUGCCACCCGCCCUGGCCUCGUCAGAAACCUGCGGGAGAAAUUUCAGACGCUCAAUGCUGCCAGCUAGGCAGGCGCCCAGUGGGCAGGACUCAGCAUGCACAUGUGGCCGCAGUGCCCAGCUCAGAGCCCACGGGGAGGAUCAGGGCAGGCAUGAAACUCAAACCAGCUGCCUGGCAGCCCCUCGCUCUCUGCGGCGCUUCCCAACCCGGAUGGAGGUGCCCAGUGGUGACUCCAGGCAGCGCUGGAGCACGAGGAGAGGGGAGCCCGCUGGGGGCCCCUGUCCAUCCCGGUGCUAGCCCCACAGGCUCCCGGCUGGGGCAGCACCAGGGGCGGCCGCCCGCCUGCAGCUGGCACAUAGCGCUGGCAAGGGCUUUGCUUUGAUUUCUUUACUAGAAAAACAGAAACGAACCAAAAGUUA